AUGCGCGAUUUGCGAGAUGUCCGAGAUCCGUAUUUUCGCGAAAGGGAAAGGGACUACCGCGACACUCGCGACAGAGAUGUUCGGGGCCCACGAGACAUUCGCGACGUCAGAGAUCGUGAUCCACGGGAUCCACGUGACCUGCGUGACUUGAGAGAUCAGAGAGAUCCAAGAGAUCCAAGAGAUAUCAGGGAUGUCCGCGAUCGCAGAGAACCAUACCCACCACGACGACCGGACGACCGUCGACCUGAGCCGCGUGUCGAGACCCGUCUUGACAAUCGUAAUGAUCGGCGAGCUCCACCUCCGGAUGCGCCCAAGACGGUGAUGGUCAAGCGAAAGAGGAUAAUUGCUCGUCCGACUUUGACCACAGAAUUUGCUGCUUCAGACUCUGUUUACUAUCGUAAGCCAGGCAAUGAGUCAGUUGUUGGCUCUGGCACCUACGGCAAGGUCUUCAAGGGUGUCCACGUCUACACCAAGGACCAGGUUGCCCUUAAGAAGAUCCGCAUGGAGGGCGAACGGGAUGGCUUUCCUGUCACCGCAAUCCGAGAAGUCAAGCUCCUUCAGUCCUUGAAUCAUGACAAUAUCGUCAGACUACGCGAGGUGAUGGUCGAGAAGAACGACUGCUACAUGGUCUUUGAGUACCUCUCCCACGAUCUUACAGGUCUCCUCAACCAUCCUACGUUCAACCUCGAAGAAUCCCAUAAAAAGGAUCUGGCAAAACAAUUGUUUGAAGGUCUGGAUUACCUGCACCGACGAGGCGUGUUACACCGCGACAUCAAGGCUGCGAACAUAUUAGUCUCGAACACUGGUCAGUUGAAACUCGCAGAUUUUGGUCUAGCGAGAUUCUACGCCAAAAGUAGCAAGCUGGACUACACCAACCGCGUCAUAACCAUCUGGUAUCGUUCACCGGAACUGCUCCUCGGCGAGACACAGUAUGGCCCCGCUGUCGAUAUCUGGUCAGCAGCCUGUGUUCUCGUCGAAAUCUUUACACGCCAUGCCAUCUUCCCAGGCGAUGGUGGUGAAAUCAACCAACUAGACAAGAUCUACAACAUCCUCGGAACACCCACAAAAGAAGACUGGCCAGGCAUAGUAGACAUGCAAUGGUCCAACCUCCUCCGCCCCACCGAACGCAAACCCUCCACCUUCGAAGAGAGGUAUCGCGACCGACUCAGCCCCAUGGCCUUUGAGCUUCUCCAGGCCAUGUUCCUGUACGACCCUCUUGCGCGCCCUACUGCGGCUGAUGUUCUUGAACACCCCUUCUUUGCUAGCGAGCAGCCGCAGCCGAAGCGCGCUGAAGCUCUUAAGGCACUUGAGGGUGACUGGCAUGAGUUCGAGAGCAAGGCGCUCCGCAAGGAGAAGGGAAAGGCUGACAAGGAAGCGAGACGAGUGGCGAGAGAAGAGAGCAAGAAGGAGGAGGGCAAGAGGAGGGCAGAUGCCACGGACAGUGAGAGGGACGCUAAGAGGGUGAAGAGCAGUGAGACGCAAUGA